AUGAAUCAGACUCACCAAGGAAAUGUGCCUUACUUGCCAUCGGGCGCCUCAGCAGGUAGCGGUAGCGGCGGAGCGGCCGUCACAGGAUCGAGCUAUCGGGGCGGAUAUCCGGGCGGCAAUGGCGUGAUACCCAACGGGGUUGGGUCGUCAAGUCGGCAGCAGAUUGUGCAACAUGCUGCUCUACCCGUAGACGACAAGGAUGGCCACUUCAUCGUGCGGGAAAAGGACUGGAUCAGCGACCCGAGGGGCGGCGAGAACCGAUACCAAAUCUUGUCGCAAUUAGGGCAAGGGACCUUCGGUAAGGUCGUCGAAUGCUACGAUAGACUUGAACGGCGGUACGUCGCCAUCAAGGUUAUUCGCGCCGUGCAAAAGUACAGGGACGCAAGUCAAAUCGAGAUCAGAGUGUUGAAGACACUAAGUGCCAACGAUCCGAGAAAUGACAACAAAUGCAUCCAUCUGCUGGAUACGUUCUCUUUCCGGAAUCACGUCUGCAUCGUCUCUGAGCUGUUGGGCAAGUCGGUCUUUGACUUUCUGAAGGACAACACCUUCAACCCUUUCCCGCCGCAACAUAUCUGGUCGUUUGCACAACAAUUACUCAAGAGUGUCGCAUUCCUACAUCGCCUCAAUCUUGUGCAUACGGACUUGAAGCCGGAGAACAUCCUCUUGGUGAAUUCAGACUAUGAUUGGCAAGCAACCUCACGGCGCGCCAAUGCACGGCGGAAAAAGGUGUUGAAGGAUACGGACAUCCGGCUCAUCGACUUUGGCUCGGCGACGUUCAACGACGAGUACCAUUCGCAAGUGGUGUCGACACGGCAUUAUCGUGCACCAGAAAUCAUCCUCAACAUGGGCUGGUCCUUCCCUUGCGACGCUUGGUCUAUCGGUUGCAUCCUCAUUGAAUUCUACACCGGAGACGCCCUCUUCCAGACGCACGACAAUCUUGAGCACUUGGCCAUGAUGGAGCAAGUUCUAGGUGGCAUGCCGGACAAUUUCCGCAUAAAGGCAGAGACGUACAAAGCAGAGUACUUUAAGAAUUCCCGCCUAGACUUCCCAAAUGCCGAGACGCCCAAGAAUUCCAAAAAGUACGUCAGUGGGAUGAGGCGAUUGGGGGAGAUUGUUAGCAAGGCCAAUGCCUGGAGAAAACACAAUGAGAGAUUUGUGGACUUGUUGAGGAGGUUGUUGGAAUUUGACCCGGCGCAUAGGAUCAAGGUGGCAGAUGCGCUCAAGCAUCCGUACUUUGAUUUAAUGGCGAAUGAGAUUCCACCGUGA